AUGUCAUCGGUCGAAUCACGCCAGUCGGUCGCCAUUAUUGGCACUGGCAUGGCCGGCCUCAUCACUGCGUACAUAUUAAGGAACGACCCACGAGCUAGAUUUGAUGUGGAGGUGUUCGAGAAGCAACAAAAAUUGUCGCUUGACUCUGCUUCACUCACUGUCAGAAACAAUUCGGGGACAGAGCAGCGGGUAGAUCUACCCAUGCGAGCCUUCGCAAGUGGCUUUUACGACAAUCUGAGACGCAUGUACGACUAUCUGGGAAUCCAAUAUGGAUCGCAAAGAUUUAUCUUUCCAUUUUCAACAAUAUCAGAAUCAAAUACGAAUGAUAUCUACACACGAUUUAUUCAUUCAUCUCACAUCCAUCAAUUUCCCCCACUGCGACCUCAAGGAUCUUCAUGGGCAUCAUGGCUUGUCGAGGCACUCUACCUUUUAGUCUGCUACUUGUGGAUGGUCAUCUGCUCAUUCUUUAUCGAACCCAAACAAGGGGAUGACUCAAGGCCAUCAGAAACCUUUCACCAAUACGUGGCGAGAAUCCGUUUGCCACAAUACUUCGUGAAGCAUUAUUACCUCCCAAUCAUGUCUGCGGUGACAACCUGUCCCCACGAUGCGUUGUUGAAUUUCCCAGCGAUCGAUAUCGUUGACUAUCAGGCAAAAACCUUCCGAAAGCCGCAUUACACUGUCAUCGGUGGCGUUAGUAAAGUUCAAGAUAAACUUUCCAAGGGUCUCAACGUGCGAUAUUCCUCGGCAGCCAUUAAAGUUGAGAAUGUUGGCUCGAAAGUCCAACUGACCUGGAAAAACGACGAAAGCGGCUCAACGGAAUCCAAGUUAUAUGAUCAUGUCAUCAUGGCCGUUACUCCGGAUGUUGUUCGCGCGAUCUUCCCCCCUCUUCGAAGUGCGCUCUCUGUUAUACCGACUGCUACUGUUCCAGCAUACGUUCAUCGUGAUUUUGACCGGUUGGCGAAAUGCAGUCAGGUCGUGGAUGGCGGUAUUCACCCUGAACCUGGACUACCACCGCCUGAACGAAUCCAUCUUUGUUCGAAUUCUUCAUCAACAGAGUUCACACAUGAGCAUCUUUCCUCCGUUAUUAUCACAACCUCGCCUAUCAUUCCUAUCGAUCCAUCGAAAAUAGAACACACUGUGACAUUUACACGGACUCUGCGCACUCCUACCAGUCGGAAAGUGACAAACGAGAUCUUUGGCCCAGCAUCACAAAGCGAUGGAGACUCGAAGCAGUGGCGAAAUGGGGACGGGAAUGUCUGGGUUGUAGGAAGCUGGUGUUGGGACGGGAUGGUCCUGCUCGAGGGGUGCAUCGCCUCAGCUCUGCGGAUAGCGGAUAGACUCGAUAUCGAGGUUCCGUGGGCCUCAUGA